AUGAAUUGCUCCGACACAACCCGUCUCUGCACUUCCUUCCUCGCAUUCAAACCGAACCAAAACCAAACCUUCUCCGUAAUCCAAAGCAUGUUCGACGCAUUACCGGCGGACAUAACCGCCGACGUCUCCGGUUACACCUACGUGAGAAAGAACUGCUCUUGUCUCACCACGACUCAUCAAUACACAACGAACACGACAUUCACAGUCAGACAAAACCGUAGCUACAUUUCCGAAGCUGUCGUCUCUGCUUACUCUGGUCUCGCGUUUCCACCGAACACCACUAGAGGUGCCCCUGCCGGCGCGGUUGUCUCUGUGCAGCUUCUCUGCGGAUGCUCGAGUGGUCUCUGGAACUACCUUAUGAGCUACGUGACUGUUUCCGGAGAUAGUGUUCAAUCUCUCUCGAGCAGAUUCGGUGUUAGUAUGGAUCGAAUUGAAGAAGUCAAUGGAAUCUCGAAUCCUGAUAAUAUCACAAUAGGAGAUGUCUUUUACAUCCCUCUUGAUUCCGUACCUGGAGAGCCUUAUGAGACAAGUGAGAUAAAUCCUCCUGCUCCUUCUCCUGCGCCUGCAUCAACCAAUAGCAAUAUCUCAGGUUUUUGA